GUUCCGCUCAGUCUCAGCUGCUGUGUGCAACUAAGAGGACGUAGCAAUAGCGUCGCACGUGCCAGAGUGUAAUGAGCUGCUGAAAUCACUGACAGCUUCAGACUUCAGACGACUUCAUGUCGGAGGAGAAAGAUGGCAGUGUGAUCUACCGGCACCCCCAGUCGCGGAUGCUCGGUAAAAUGGCGAGUCUGGUCGGAUUCAAGUCUCCGGCGCCCCAGCUGCAGGCGGACCCCGUAGCAGUGCUGGAUCAUAAGCUGGACCAGGAGGAGCGGAGGAUGAAGAAGGAUAACCGGCGGUGGCGCGCCAUCAUCUACUUCACCGUCACCGUGUGCCUCAUCAUCUUCGGACUGGUGCUGGCGCAGGUCAUCUCGUCGGUGACGUCAUCGGGCGGUCAGCUGCCCAAUGUUGACGUCACGGAGGCGGCGGCGGCGCUGGACGCGCCGCGUCACGAGCCGCUGCUGGCCGGCCUCGGCGGCGCCGACGGUCGGCAGGGCUCCCCGGCGCAGCCAAAGGCGGGCGGCGACCCGAGCGACACCUAUACGGCCGACUCGGGCGACAUCUAUGUGACGGUGCCGGGCGGCCGCGCCGAGGACGACUACGUGCUGACGGUGGCGCGCACGGCCGGCGGUCAGCUGGACAUGGCCGUGAAGGCCGAGGGAGCCGGCUCCGCCGCGCACGCCGCCGCCAUCGAGAGCGCCCUCCAGGAGGCCAUUGUGCUGGGCGAGCGGCAGCAGGCCGAGGCCGUGGCCGAGGCGGAGGCGGAGGCGGAGGCGGAGGCGGAGGCGGUAGCGAAAGCCGUGGCGGCGGAGGUCGAGGCGGAGGCGGAGGCGGCUCUGCAGCCCGAGGCGCGGGCCGGGUACGUCGCCUACGUCCCCGUUCCGCUCGGCGGCGAGGAGACGCCCACCACGGCGACCACCUCGACCACGCGCCGGCCGGAGCCGCCGCCGCAGCAGCGCCGGCCGCUCUUCGUGCCGGUGAUGUUCCAGGAGCGGCAGGCGGCGGGCCGGCCCCAGUUUGUGCGCCGACCGUCGCCGGUGCUGACUGCGCCGCGGCCGGCGCUGCUGCGGCCGCCGCCGCUGCCCUCUGGACAGACGGUGCAGCGGCCGAGCCUGCCGCCGCCGGCCGGCCACUCGGCGCGGCCGCAGCUGGCGCUGCUGCUCCGGCGGCCCGGCGCCGGGUUCCCGGCCGGAUUCAACGCCCACCAGGAGGCCAACCUGGUGCGGCGCCCGGUGCCGAUCGGUCCGCUGCCGCUCAGCGUCCAGGGGCGCACCGGUGACCUGGUGACCUCUGCGCGCCCUCUGACUUCCGUGCCGCCCACCCUGCCCAGCUCUGUGGCGCUGAGCAGGCUGCUCGGGCCGCGCUUCCCGCCGCGCCGGCCCGUGACCCCCGCCGGGCUGCGGCCAGGCCCCUUCCGUCCGCCAAUUAGCGUGGCCCCGCCACACCAGCCGGCCAAUCAGCGCCCGCCUCACUCCAGUCGCCGUCCGUUCCCGCCGCCACCAGCCAAUCACCGCCCGUUCCCGCCGCCUCCGACCAAUCAGCGUCCGUUCCCGCCGCCUCCGACCAAUCAGCGCCCGUUCGCGCCUCCGCGGUCGCACGGUAUCCCAGUGGGACCGAGUCCGGCCGGCCGCCGGUUCCCGUCCGCUCCCUCGGUGCCGCUUGUGGGGAACCCCCAGUACAGCUACCCGCGGACGGCCACUGGCAUCCAGGACAUCCUGAGCUACAUCAGCGGCGACACGGCGCGCAACGGUCACGGCGCCUACGGCCGGUUCAGCAGCGGGCCUGUGCCGCCGGCCGGGCAGCGCCGCGACGGGCCCGUGUACCCGGCCGGGUACCGCCGGGACGGGCUGGCGCUCGGCUCGGCCGGCCGGCCGCUGCAGCUGAUGCUGGACGUGUACCCGGUGGAUAACUCGGACAGGUAUCAGUCGUCCAACUUCUACCUCAGUUCCGGUCACCGGGGCCGGAACCGGUUCGACAGACAGCACCGCGACGACCAUACCGUGUACAACAAUCACUACAACAACGACAAUAGCUACAACAAUGACAACACCAACUACAACAGCCAGGAGAAUAACAAUUACCGUAACAGCUACAACAGAAACGAUAACAACAGGCAUAACAGCUACAACAACAAUUAUAAUAGCGAUUUUGAUGAUCACAACAAUGACGGCUAUCGAAACUCAGACAAUAGGGAGAACGACUUCCAUAAUGACAGACACCGCUAUCAAUCCAACAAUAACGGCUACGACAGCAAUGGUGACCACUACGAUAACGGCGGCUACUCUAACAAUAACGGCUAUUCUAACAAUAACGGCUACUCCAACAAUAACGGUUACUUCAACAACAAUAACGGCUACACCAGCAAUGGUGGCUACUCCAACAACAAUAACGGCUACCCCAACAAUGGUGGCUACUCCAACAAUAACGGCUACUCCGACAACAGCGGCGGCCACUCGGACGCCGGCCGCGCGCCGGGUGGGCCCGGCGGACAGCACCGGUUCAGCCCCAGCUACCUCGAGGAUACGGGCAGCUACCGGGGGAGCCGGCCGGACGGCGGAGAGGACGGCUUCGGCACCAGCCAGGACGACAUGCACAAGAUUGUACUGCACCUGAACAUCUACUCCCAGCGGCCGGAGCAAUACGGAGGACGCACGUCCAGCAGCAGCCGCCGACUCAGUCUCGACAUUCCCCUGAGGCGCCAACAGCUGACGGCGCACGCGCUCUACGACGCCAUCUUGGCAGGAAAAUGGCUGCCACCGGACGACCAGCCGCACUUUGAGUUUCUACAAGAGUCGGGCGCCAGCGGACGGACCUCGGCCGAGCCCUCCCUGGCGGAGGAGCUGCCCAAGAUCCUGGCGGCGCUGCGGCGCCGGCUGGAGGAGGCGCCGCAGACGCUGCUGGAGCUGCAGCCGACCGCCGCGGAGGACGGCCACGGAGGACACGACGGGGACCGCUGGGACGAGGAGGCACUCUGGAGAGAGGACCACCGACACGCAGGGGACUAUCAACACGGAGAGGAGCACCGAGCUAGAGAGGAACAUCAAUACAGAGAGGACCAUCGACACAUUAUAUGGGACCACAGAAACGGAGAGGACCACCGACCUGGAGAGGACCACCGGCACGGAGAGGCCUCGUGGGACCACGGGAGGUGGCAGGACCGCCACUCCACGGCGGACCGUCGGCCGGACCACGGGCAGCCCGCCGACGGCGGACAGUAUGACGUCAGCGCGGCCCCCGGCGGACGCCGUGAGCAGCCCGGUCCGGGCCACGGCGAGGAACAACGGGGCAGCGAGAACCACAUCAGCUGGACCUCAGUUCAAAAGAUCAACGACCUCACGGAGGGUUACCUGCGGCCUGACCAGGUCACCCGGCCGCCGGUGACGUCACGGCCUACCCUGGUGACGUCACUGGCGGCGGCGGCCACCUACGAGCCGCUGCCGACGCCGCUGGCCAGUCGGCGGCGGCCGCCGUCUGCAGAUGGCGCUGGCGACCAGGCUAGGAGUGGGAAAGAGGGCGCUGGUAGCGCUGGUACGGACAGCGGUCACGGCAGCAUGCUGGCGAGCCCGACCACGUAAUGAGGGGACACCGAGGGCACCGGCAGCCAGUCGGGUGUUCGUUACUGCUAUGCGGAUAAAACCUCGCUGGCGAGGACGUACUUAAAUUAUAUGCUCCGCUGUUGUCCACUGACCCGUUAGAGUGAGGGGGGAGACGUUCGAAUAAAACGAAAAAAGACGUCUCCGAAAAUUAUAAAUUAGUGUCUCCAUCCAGCACGCGGGUCAGUGAAACAAUGUCAUGCAUCAUGCAGUUAACGUCGAUUGAUUGAUCAGCAUCCAGUAUGUAUAUGUCGGAUGUGUUGGACGCGCCUCACGCUCGUUCCUGUGCCCGUGUGUUGUGUAUGAUCGGCCGAGGCUGACCGCUGGGCAGUUAGUGUCGCCAAAGGUCACACUCACUCGAUCUGUAUGGUAAAAUACACUGAAAUCGGGGUUAAAGAAUA